AUGUUUGCAAAUGCCACGGAAAAGUCUGGUUAUUCAUGUGCUCUGCAGCUGUCCCAUCAUGGCAGCUACGGCGUGCAGUCAGAUCCAACGGCCGUUUCCUCUAGUGCCUGCCUGCUGCUUGUUGUCUUCUCGCUCUCCAGCAGCAGACUCCUGGUCCGCUUCCGCUUCCUCUUCUCUACACUCGUCCUCGCGAUGGCGCCUUGGUUGUUAGAAGCUGCAGGGGAAGAAGCCGGCGUGGUUACCGGUGACACCGCCGGCGUGGCUGCAGGGCCAGGUGUGCCUAGAGGAGCUGGGCUCGUUCUGCUGCUGCUGCUGCCGCCAAACCGUCUUAAUACUGGAAGCUGGCGCUGGCUGCUAGCUCGCGAGGUGCUGUGGGUCCUGGCGUUCUGCGGCUUCGCUAUCAAUUAUUCUGUUCGAGUCAACCUCAACAUCGCCAUCGUGGCCAUGGUGAGGGGCAGCGCGCCGCUUGCUAGAGAGGCCGAGGACGUCGGAUACUGCACGCAGUCCGGAGCUAUUUUUCAAAAUACCUCCGACGUUAGCAUCACCAGCGAUCAAGACAGCCUCUGGAACGUCGUCACUGGCGCAAACAGUACCAGCUUCAACACGUCAUUGGAGACUGGCAGUACCAACCUGCAGGAUGGCCUCUUUGACUGGGAUGAAAAGCAGCAGGGUCUGGUGUUGGGCUCCUUCUUCUGGCUGCACUGGUCCACACAGAUCCCAGGCGGCAUACUGGCGAGGCGUUUCAGCCCGAAGCUGGUGUUCGGUCUGAGUAACCUGGGAGCGUGCCUGCUCGCCGUUCUCAUCCCAUUGGCCGCCAGCGUCGACUAUCGAGCCCUCAUCGCAGUCAGGGUCUUUCAGGGCAUCGUUGCGGGUAUGGCGUGGCCGGCGAUGCACUGCCUGAUAGCGCGGUGGGUGCCUCCCAACGACAGGAGUAAGUUCGUCAGCGCCUACCUGGGCAGCAGCAUGGGCGCAGCGCUGACGUUCCUUGUUUCGGGCCUCCUGAUUGGCUGGCUGGGGUGGCCCGCCGUCUUCUACGCCACCGCAUUGGCUGCGGCCGUCUGGUUCUUCGCCUGGUGGCUCCUCAUCUUCGACCACCCGCAGAAGCACCCCCGUAUCUCGACCUCCGAGCUAGCAAACCUCCACGCCAGUUUGGGAGAAGAUACUGCUGUCAAUAAGUCAGCUACGCCUUGGAAGCACAUCCUGACCUCACCACAAGUGUGGCUGAUCGUCUUCACGCAGUGGGGAGGCUUCUGGGGGCUGUUCACGGUGCUGACGCAGGCGCCCACCUACAUGAGGAACAUCCACGGCUGGGGUAUCGGCAUGAUCGGUCUUCUGACAGGGCUGCCACACAUCUGCAGGACGAUAUUCUCGCUGAUCGUGUCCUCUGUUGGCGAUUGCCUGCUCAAGAGGGGCCUCUUAUCCAGGACUAAGCUCAGGAAGUCUGCCACCGUUAUGUACCUGCUGGCGCAGGGGGCGCUGCUGGUGGGCGUGGCUUGCUCCGGCUGCAGUGGCGUGGCCGCCGCCGCCUGCAUCACGGCCGCCGUCGCCGUCAGCGGCGCUAUCUCCACGGGGCCCCUUGCCGCCCAGAUAGACCUCAGCCCCAGCUACUGCGGAAUCCUGCUGGCACUCACGAACAUGAUAUGUGUGACACCGGGUUUCAUCUCGCCAAUCAUGGUGGGGCAUCUUACGUACCAGGCUCAAACACCGGCGCAGUGGCGAGUGGUGUUCCUGGUGGUGGCGGCGCUGGUGUCCUUCUCUGGUCUGAUGUAUGUGCUCUUCUCGACGACGCAGCGGCAGCCCUGGGACCGACCCUGUGGGCAGCCAGGCGCUGGUGCAGGGGAAGGCGUCACAGCCGAGAGACAGCCCCUCCAGGAGGACAACGACCACAAGGGGUGUACCUAG